CUAUAACAUUUUUCUACCAAAAAGUCCCUAUAUAGCAGCGGUUGGCGGUAUCGCGUGCGUACGUUAAAUAUAUUUCAAAUUUGAAUCUUCAGCGUUCUUCCGCUAUCUUGUUUGGGACACAAUAAACCAAAUGUUGCAAAAGAAUGGCUGAAGAGAAUGAGGAUAGUAAAAAUUCUUCUGAAAAAGGUCGAACUUCUAUGGAGAUAGAAGUUGAAGAUGUUUUUCAGUCUGAUGCACCAAUAACUGACGAACAAGGGGGAAUUAGAGUGGAUGAAGAGAUAUACAUACCACCUCCUUUGAAAACUAUCAGUGUGGCUGAUAUAAGUGGUCCUCGACUCAUGAUAACUAAGAUUGUCAAUGAAAAUUUCAAAAGUUAUGGUGGCACACAGAUUAUCGGUCCUUUUCACAAGUGCUUUUCAGCCAUUGUUGGGCCAAAUGGUAGUGGAAAAAGUAAUGUCAUAGACUCUAUGUUAUUUGUAUUUGGAUAUAGAGCUUCUAAGAUUCGGUCCAAAAAAAUCUCAGUUUUGAUCCAUAAUUCAAGCGAAAAACAAAAUAUCAAUAGGUGUACAGUGUCUGUACAUUUCCAACAAAUAAUUGAUAAGCCUGGGAUGGAUUAUGAUAUUGUUCCAAAUAGUGAGUUUGUUAUAUCCAGAACAGCAUUUAAAGAUAAUUCUUCAUAUUAUGAACUUAAUGAAAAGAAAGUACAGUUCAAAGAAAUUGGGAGGCUUUUGCGAUCUUAUGGUGUAGAUCUGGAUCACAAUCGCUUUUUAAUUCUACAGGGAGAAGUUGAACAAAUAGCAAUGAUGAAGCCUAAGGCUCAGAAUGAGAAUGAUACUGGCAUGUUGGAAUAUUUGGAAGAUAUAAUUGGAACUUUCCGUUAUAAAGAACCAUUGGAAAAGCUAUCGGAGAAGGUAGAACAUUUAUCAGAUUAUAGAACGGAGAAAUUGAAUCGUCUUAGAAUUGUUGAGAAAGAAAAAGUAGCAUUGGAAGAACCAAUGCAAGAGGCUGUUCAAUAUUUGAAAAUGGAGAAUAUGGUUAUAAAAUUGCAACAUCAGCUUUAUUGUUACAAAAGAUUUGAAACUAUAAAGGAAGUUGAGCAGCAUGAAACCAAAAUAAAAGAGUUAAACGAAGAUUUAUCAAAGCUUAUGGACAAAAUAAAAGAAGUUCAGAAGGAUAAGGAACAGAAGAGUAAAGUAAUUGCAGAAAGGAGUAAAAAAUGGGAUAAUUUACAAAAGAAAAGAGAUGAUGUUUUGGUUAAAUUUGAUAAAAUACGAAAACAUGACGAAUCACUUCAUGCAGAAUUAGUGGAGACAAAUAAAAGGCGAAAGGCUAAUAUAGCAACUUUAAAAAAUGAGAAAUCAAAGUUGGAAGAGCUGAGUAAAGUACCAGAAAAAAGUAUCAGAGACAUCGAGGAAUGUAAGGAAGUCAUUGAAAAUCAUGAGAAAAACAAAAAGAAGGAAGAAGCAGUACUAGAAACCUUGAUGAUUGAAUUGCGCAAGAAAACUGAACCAUUAUUGAAUGACCGUUCUCAACUUGAAAAGCAGUUGAUUUCUUUAAGGAAAGAUGUUGAUCAAGCGCAAGCAGCUUUUAAUAUUGCUCAGUCUGAAUUAGAGUUAUAUACCUCAGUAGAAUUUACUGAAAAGGACAAAUUAGAAAAAUUAAAGAAUUCCUUAAAAUCUACAACAGAGAAUUUAAAGGAGAAGAAAGAACAGUUGCAAAGUUUACAAAAUGAUAUUCCAGCUUGCGAACGUGAUUUAGAGAAAGCACAAAAAGAAUUGAGAACAGUAGAAGAUAAUGAAAUUAAAAUAACUUCUGAAUUAAGAAGGAUGAGAAUUUCUUUUGAGGAACAAAAGUCUGCGAUGCAAGCAAAUACAUCAAGGAACAAGGUUAUCAGUAGUUUAAUGCGGGAGAAAAGAGAAGGCAGAAUUCCUGGUGUAUUUGGAAGAUUGGGUGAUCUGGGUGCUAUAGAUGCAAAGUAUGAUGUAGCAAUUUCAACAGCAUGUGGUCCAUUAGACAAUAUAGUAGUAGAUACUGUAGAUACUGCCCAAAAAUGUAUAACAUUUCUACGUCAGAAUGAUAUAGGGCGAGCAACCUUUAUUCCUUUAGAAAAACAGCAGCAUUUACUACCAAGAUGUAAACAAAAAAUACAAACUCCUGAAAAUGUUUCAAGAUUGUUUGACCUGAUACGUAUUGACGAUGAGAGAAUAUUACCUGCAUUUUACUACAGUCUGCAAGAUACAUUAGUAGCAAAUGAUUUAGACGAGGCAACGCGAAUUGCGUAUGGCCGGCAGCGUUUCAGAGUAGUCACGCUAAAAGGCGAAUUAAUAGAAUUAUCUGGAACGAUGAGUGGGGGCGGAAGGUCAGCCAUGAAAGGCAGAAUGGGGCAUAAACUAGUGAGGAACGAACUAUCCUCUGUUGACAUUGAAAGGUUGCAAACAGAUUUAAACAAAGCCAAUGAGAAGUGCAAUGAGCUUAGAGCUAGAUCUCAGGUUUUAGAACAGCAGAUUCAUACUCUAAAUGUGAAUUUAAGGAAUAUGAAGAUCAGUGAAGGAAAGUUAGAGAUUGAAGUAAAGGCGCUUGAGGAACAGAAACCAUCAUUACUAACGCAGAUCAAAAUUCAGGAAAAGAAGGUUAAGGAUUCAGUAUCGAACCCUAAAAAAGUUGCGGAGUUACAGAAAACGAUGAAGGCUACUAAAAAGCAUUUCGAAAAGGUGAAAGAAAAUUCAAACACUCUUGAGAGAGAAGUAAAAAGUAUCAAUACCAAAAUAGAAGAAUUAUCAGGGGUCAGGGUGAAAAAUCAGCAGAAAAAGAUAGCUGAUUUAAAUAAAUUAAUUGAUACGACUAAAGGCGAAAUCUGUAGAUUACAAGUCGCGAUUAAAACUGCGGAGAGAAAUGUAAAGAAACUUGAGCAGCGAAUAGAGAGUUUAGAGAAUGAUGUGCAUACCUCUGAACAAAGAUUGCGUGAGAUUGAAAAAGAAAAACAGGAAUUAGAGAAACAAGGAAAAGAGUAUUUGAAAGAACUCGAUGAAUUUACAGAGCAGUUGGCAGAAAGAGAUGAAUUUACGUCAUCCCUAAAAGAAGAAUUAAACGUUUUACAAACCACAGAAAAUAAAAUGAAAGCAGUUAAAAUAGAUUUGGAUCAAAAAUUAAAAGAAUGCAAGAGUGUGAUCAAAGAGUUAAUGCAAAGAAUUCCAGAUUUAACAAGAAGAAUAUCUGCAUUAAAACUUCAAGCAAUACCUGGGGAAAGUCUGGAAGAAUUAAAAGAAUUGACAGAGAAAGAAUUUGAUGAAACAGAUGAGAAAGUUAUUUCGAAUAAUUUACACAGAAUGAAGAAGAGGUUGCCCACAGAAAUUCCAAAUAUGCAAUUAAUUCAUGAGUACAGAGAAAAGGAUGAAUUGUAUUUGAAGCGUGCAGCAGAGUUAGAAAAAAUAACAGCUGAGCGUAACAGGAUAAGAGAUAUUUAUGAAACAGCCAGACGGCGUAGAAUUGAAGAGUUCCUUGCAGGUUUUUCUGUUAUUACAGACAAGUUAAAGGAAAUGUAUCAGAUGAUUACAUUAGGAGGUGAUGCAGAAUUGGAAUUGGUUGAUUCAUUGGAUCCAUUUAGUGAAGGAAUUGCUUUCAGCGUAAGACCACCUAAAAAAUCUUGGAAAAAUAUUUGUAAUCUCAGUGGAGGAGAAAAAACCUUGAGUUCUUUAGCUCUUGUGUUUGCACUGCAUCAUUAUAAGCCAACGCCUUUGUAUUUUAUGGAUGAAAUAGAUGCUGCAUUGGAUUUCAAGAAUGUUUCAAUCGUUGGAAAUUAUAUAAAAGAAAGAACAAAGAAUGCACAGUUUAUUGUUAUAUCUUUACGAUCAAAUAUGUUUGAGUUGGCUGAUUUCCUUGUUGGUAUAUAUAAAACGUACAAUAUUACAAAGAGCGUAACUGUUGAUCUACAAAAAUAUUACGAAAAGAAUGGAAUUGCUCCUCCAACGCAAAUUACUUCUAAAAGUAUGUAUCCAUCGCAGAUGCAAAAAUUCUCUGUGCAUAGUCAACAAAGUAAGUCUGGCUGUACAAUACAGAGUACAAAUAAUGUACAAACUAUAGAUAAAAUUCAGGAAACAAAUGAAAAUAAUUCGCUUGGAUUGCCUGAAUUAGGUUUAUCUGCAACACCAGAAAGAUCUGUUUCUAAGAAUGAAUCUACUAAAAAUAGUACAAGUUUAACUGAUAAGGAUAUUUCUAAACAACCUGCGAGAAAAAAACGUAAAAUCUAAGAUAUAACAUAAGUGUACACUGAGUUACAUCGAAUCUAUCGCGGCGUGUGA